AUGAAUGUCAAGACAGGAAACACAAAUUGCCUCCAGAAGGCGAAUUUUGUCCUUUUCAUCUACACUGUCCUCAUGAUCAUACUCAUCUACAUCAUGACCACAGAAAAAACAACUACAGUGACGAGUCCAAUCUCAAAGCUGCAAGAAAAAACAGACAUUUACCCAGUGCCGAUCUCUGAGGAGAGCAUCACUCCAAUAAAAAACACCAAACACCUCCUGGUGUCAGCUUUCAUGGACCAGAGAAUUAAGGGUUUUGACAUACGUAUCAUUGGGAUAUUCAAAAGAGACUCCAUCCAACCUCUUCACUGCUCUUUCUGCUGUGGUAGUGUAUUUAACCAAACCACUCCUGCCAUUAUUCUCCCACACAGUGACAACUUUGGUUAUCCAUACACUGCUACAGAUGUCUUGUGUCCGCUUCCCAAAAACUGUGAUGCUUCUCAUGUCACUCUUCUGACUAAGCCUUCAGCCAACGCGUCUGAACACACUUUUAUUCCUGUAAGAAACAAAAUUAAAAAAACAAGGUUCAGCUUCACCGUAUGCAUCUCUAACCUGUUUGGAGAUUACAACAACGUGCUUCAGUUCACACAGACUCUGGAAAUGUACAAGUUGCUCGGUGUGGACAGAGUGGUGAUCUAUAACACCAGCUGUGGUCCAGACCUGGAACGUCUUUUACAACGUUACAGCCAGGAGGGUUUUGUUGAAAUGGUUCCAUGGCCCAUUGACAAAUUCCUGAAACUGACCAGGGGGUGGAGAUUUACAGUAAAUGGAGGAGACUUGCAAUACUUUGGACAGCUCGUCACCCUUAAUGAAUGCAUGUAUCGGUCCAUGGAGCGUUUACGCUACGUCCUGUUGAAUGAUAUAGAUGAGAUUAUAAUGCCGUAUAAACAUGACGACCUGGUCUCUCUGAUGAACACGCUGGAACCACAACAUCCAAAUGUUGGAGAGUUCCUUAUUGAGAACCACAUUUUUCCGUAUAAACACUUUGAACCAAGUGGGAGGUUUAAUCUUUCCCAGUGGGAGAAGGUUCCAGGAAUUAACAUUCUGGAGCACAUCUACAGAGAAGACCCUGACAGAAGUGUAUACCAUCCCCACAAGAUGAUCGUUAGGCCGAAGUUGAUAGAGCAGACGUCAGUCCAUGAAGUCCUCAGGAGGUUUGGAGAACGUUACAAAGUUCCACUGGACGUCUGUCGCAUUAUUCACGUUCGUGUAGCCCUGCGGGGACAUUUGAAGUUGGAGGAGCUUAAUGAAGACAAACGACUUUGGGACUUUCAGGAAAAAUUGAUUCCUAAUGUGGACGAGGCACUGAAGAGAGCAGGACUGAUUCCAGCGGAAGAACAAAACAAACUCUAA